CGGGGAGGAAGGAGGGGUGGGCACAGGAAAGGGGAAAAGAGAAAAAAGAAAAAGAAUCGCAUGCCCCUGUGUCUGAAUAUAUCCUCUGCUCGUAGAUAUUUCCAUCUGAGUUGCACUUUUGCGUUUUUAUUUCCGCUUUGGGACACCUCUUUUAUCAUCCAGCCAACUGGAAUAGACAAAGCACAGUUGGUGCCCUGAGCGACAGAACUCUGGUAGGGGGCUGGCUGUAAAUUGACGUGGCAGGGAAAUUCUCCGCUAAGUUGUAGCAGCUCGCAUGUUUCUCCUAAGAUCCAGCCCAGCCUCCCGGAGCUGGGGCUUACUCAUGAUGGGCUCAACGACUCUACAGAAAAAUGGAUAGAAAAAGUCUUCAGCUCCGCUCCUUGGACUCAAAUGUUUUCUGUUUGAGCAUCUAUGGUUUAGCUGAAAAAAUCAAAGCAGUUAAGUCCAUAACUUUCUUUUUGCAGCUUAAACAACAGAAUUUGCUGCUCUCCCUCCCCUGUCCUGCAGUUUAAUUCCUUACAGAUUUUGCAAUGGGGUGCGGACUUAGAAAGCUAGAAGACCCUGAUGAUAGCAGCCCUGGAAAAAUAUUUUCUACCCUGAAGAGACCGCAAGUGGAAACAAAGACAGAAAUUGCUUACGAAUAUGUAUUGCUGGAUUUUACUUUACAAGCUUCACCAAACCCAGAAGUCAUCAAGAUAAAUUCAAUCCCAGAUAUAGUAACAAAAGUGGAAGAUUACUAUCUUAAAGGAUAUAUUGUUGGGGCAAUUCAUCCUGUCAUACAACCUGUGUGGCAGCGAAAACACCUACCUGCAAGUUACCUAUACAGGGUGGUGCUAUCACGCCUGAAAUUAAGCCCGAAGCAUUCAGCAGCACCCAGCGGACAAAGACGCCCACGACUUGUGAUUGAGGAAUGUCCUCUAACUUAUGAGACACAAACAAAUGACGUAGCAAAAGAGCUGAUAGAAAAGGUACUAAAUGUGUACAUUUUUCAUGGGGUAUUGAGAAAUAUUUGGUAUUUCUUCUUCGUCAACUUCCUUUCUUGUUUUAAAAAGAGCAAGGAAAUAAUAGGAGCCAUUCCACCAGAAUCUAAAACAUAUGGAAGCACAUAUAUCAAACUGUACCAAGUUAAAAGCAGAAAUAUAGGCCAAGAAAAUGGAAUGGAAAUGCCAGAAAUAUUUCUCUUUUUUUUCCCCCGUUCUGAAUACCUGUCCUCAGAUAACAAGCUGUACAUAGUCUUCAAUGUGUGUGAUGAUGAAUCAGGCUGCUGGACGUACCAGGAGGGCGUCCUGUCAGUAAAAGUAACAAGAAAAGGGUCCGUCAUCAGUACGCUUGAUGCCGACUGGCUGGAGUUGACUACGUUCUAUUACAAGCAAGGCUUGUCUUUAAUUGAUUCCUUUCUAUGCUGGGAAACGCCGAAAGGGGACCAUGUGCCUAAAUCUCUGGAAGGAUUCUUUAUCUAUGAAGAAGGGUCUGGAGUUCUAGGUUCCAGCAGAAAAGGAAAUGAUGCCAUCGUAGUGGAACAAUGGACUGUUAUCGAGGGCUGUGAAGUCAAGACGGACUACGGGCCCCUGCUGCACACCCUGGCCGAGUGUGGGUGGCUCCUGACGAGCGUGUUGGCGACGCCUAUCCUGAGACGCGACAGUGAAGGGAAUUUGGCUACAAAGCAGGUUGUGUUUCUUCAGAGACCAGUUAUAUGGAAUUCAGUGGCUCAGACACCAGAAAGGAAGGCCGGCCGGCCCGCCAAAGGCGAGGACAGGAGCAGACUCACCAGCAGCAGCGUCGGGCUGGACACGGCCGCCUCGCAAGCCCCGGAGACCAGAAGGCCGCCUGGGGAGGGCCUCGCGGCUCCUUCUCGGGAGUGCUGGGCGGAGGGGAGCCCAGCCCCCUGCAGCAGCGCCCUGCGGGGCCUGGACGACGCGCAGCUUGAUCAGGAGGACGGCGUCCCUCAGGUCACCUGCAUGUGAGCGGCGGCGAAGCAGCAGGGCCUGUACACAGCCAUUACAGCAGCUGCCCGCUGACUUCACUGUGUCACUUUAUCUGCUUUUAGGUAAUACUCUGAAUUUUCCCAGGCUCAGGCUUUCUUCUAAUCUGCGUAAACUUUGGCUCAACCUCCCAGGCGACGACGAAUUAUCAACAUGUUUGUAAAUUUAGACUCAUGUUUACGCUUCUCUCAAAUAAAAACAUCUGCUUAAACAGAUGUGUCACUAGGUUAUUGACUGAUAAUCUACGUCAUUUUCUCAUGAAUGGACAAGGUAUACUUUUCUUACCAUUCCUGGUAAGAAAACUAAGUAUCUCCGCCAGUAUUUUACCUACUUAGAAAGUUCUCAGGAAGUUAGAGUUUUACUUAAACUGAAAAGUAAUGAGUGCUCCCCCCCCACACACAUAGGGCUAAUUAAUGAAAUACCCAUUUCCUGAAUAUAACAAGGAAUCCAAAUUUUUGUCUUUAACCAUGGCGUGUAUAUACAAAGCAAACCCUUAUUUGUUAAAAUAUUUUUUGAAAAAAAAUCCUUUUCAUUGUCUUUGCUUUUAAAGGGUCACCAUGUUACCAGCCCUGUACUAAUCCACUGAGCUUAAAUUUAUUUGUUUCUAAUAGCCUAGAAAUAGAGCAAAGCAGCUUCCCUUACCAUUCAAUAUGGAAAGAACCCAAUCUCAACCUUUAAAAACUUUAGUAGACAGAAAGAAUUUUAUUUAUAUUGUAAAUAGUAUGAAAAGGGAAAAUCAUCAACUUUGAAUGGAAAUUGAAGCCUCUUACAUCUGUCUAGAUGUGAAUUAUGCUUUUAUUUCAAUGGCUAAAUCACGAAGCAGGUGGAAACCCAGAACUUUCCAUCCCGCAGGAAUGAGACGUGCUCAUAGCACAGUGAUGGGUCCCGUGACCUCGCUGCCCUAUCUCUGCCUUCUGUGCUCUGCUGACGGAUGCCUUUGCCUUGCCCAGACUUUAACAGGUAAAGGUGAAAAUUCUACCGAAGAGAGGAUUUGCAUUUCUCUGGGAAAUGCUUACUUUGAAAUGCGGGAGCCUUCAAGUGAAUGACAACCGAUUUUGCCAUUGAUGAAUUCAACAUCUUAUAUAUUUUUAUUAUCAUUGGUGUUGACAUUGUAAGAUCAUUUGAAUAAUAAAAUGUCAUUUGUUAUUGGGCUAUCAUUUUAUUGAAUACAAAUGUUCAUAAUGUAUUUUAUACAUUUAUGUAUUAUAUGUUAUCAAAUAUCUAGUGUCACUAACUAGGCCAGUCUCCAUGACCUGUAGAUAAUAUUAACAUGGUGUUAUUCUACUUCUACCAUGUCGAAGCCUUACCUUUAUACCGAAUAAAGGAACUUAAGAAUA